AUGACUGCAGAGGAAUGUACUUGUACAGCAGAGAAAGUGCUACAGUUUUUACAGGAGAUGGCUGAAAAAUGCGGGGUAACGGACCUGACUGACCCGGCAUUGGCAAAGUUCCUCACUGAAAAUGAUGCUUUAAAUAGGAUUAGGGACGAAUUCCACUAUCCAAAAUGUGGGACCUUGCCAGAAGCUGAUCCCAGUUUAUGCGAUCCAGAAUCUGAUUCCAUCUAUCUCUGCGGUAAUUCGUUGGGACUGAUGCCUAAGGCAACUGAGAGAAUCAUGAUGGAGCAGCUUGACAAAUGGGCAAAAAUGUAA